CAGAUCACAGUCAUGAAGGUGUUCCUGGUUCUAGCUGUUGCAGUUCUCUCUGGCUGCCAUGCCAACCUGUUUUAUGCUGAUGCACCCAAGCCACAGCUGGAAGUGUUGAGUGAUGCUUUUUGGGACUACAUUGCUAAGGCCACACAGACAGCUGACGACACUCUCCAGAUGAUCAGGAAAUCGCCCAUCGGACAGGAAGUCAACGCACGGCUAACAGAGAGUGCUGAUAUAGCCAGCAAGUAUGCAGUCACCCUGCAGAAGCAGCUUCCCCCUGCAGCCCACGACCUGAUGACCAAGAUCACCACAGAGGCUGACUUGUUGAAAAAUGCGCUGACCCAGGAACUGAGCACUGUCAGGGAUAAGCUUGAACCCUACACUGAGGACAUGAAGAUCCAGAUUCAGCAGCGAGUGGAGCAGAUGAAGCAGGAGCUCGCCCCCUAUGCAGAUACCCUGGACUCAGAUGCCCUGAGGAUCGCCCUGAUGCAGAGGAGCGAGGAGCUGAAGAUCAGCCUGGAGCAGAGUGUGAAGGACCUGCAGGCUCAGAUGGGGCCCUACACCGAUGACCUGAAGCAGAAGGUGGACCAGCACCUCCAGAACUUCCAAAAAAGUCUGGCCCCCAUGACCAAGAAGGUCCAAUUGGAAGUGAGCCAGAGAGCCAAUUUGGUGAAACAAAUGGUGGCCCCCUAUGCUGAAGACCUGAAGGAAAAGCUGGACCCCUACGCCAAGGACCUGCAGGCCCAGCUCAUGUCCCUCUACCAGUCCUUCAUCAACGGCAACUAA